AUGCGUCUUCUUAAUGCAGAGUCAAGACAAUUGUGCGAGUUCUUCGGCAGCGAGAUCCCCGAAUAUGCCAUUCUGUCACAUACUUGGGGAAAAGACGAAGUCAGCUACAGAGACAUCAGAAAAGUCCCAAAUCAUAGAGAGAAGGCCGGCUAUGCAAAGAUCAAUGGUUGCUGCGUCCAGGCGAUGCGAGAUGAUAUUUCUUGGGUCUGGAUAGAUACUUGCUGUAUCGACAAGAAAAGCAGCGCUGAGCUUUCGGAGACGAUCAACUCCAUGUAUCGCUAUUACGAGGAAUCAAAGGUGUGCUAUGUAUACCUCGCCGAUGUGGGCAAACGCCAGCAAGACGGGCUGGGAUUCUGGACAGAGGUACGCCAGAGCCGUUGGUUCACUAGAGGUUGGACGCUCCAAGAGCUGCUAGCACCAAAGAGGCUUGCUAUGUUCAACCAGCACUGGGUCUUGCUCGAUCGUUGUACCUACGGACCGCUUUUCCACCUUGAUACUGAAUGGUCUGUGGCUAUCACCGAGGCCACUGGAAUAUCCAGCGACUACUUCCGACCACCUCGUAAUCCGGUCACAGAGGCAACGGUGGCGGAGCGGCUGUCAUGGGCAGCACGACGAGAAACCACAAGGCGCGAAGACAUGGCAUACUGUUUACUUGGUUUAUUCCAGUUGAAUAUGCCUCUACUUUACGGUGAAGGCGAUCGUGCUUUCGUGAGGCUGCAGGAGGAAAUUAUCAGAACGACAAAUGACCACACCAUUCUUACCUGGGGACUAGGAUAUUCUCCCGGAUCAUUCAUAUCAGGACACAGACUUUACAAACCCGACUGGCAGUUGCAAUCCCCCCUGGUGCCCUCUCCCGACCUCUUCGAGGACUGGGGUUCUAGCCCUGCUCUGAAAACAUUCCUAUCAGCAGAUCUACCUGGAAAAAUCCAAGUUUUAGGACGUGGAUUCCCUUACACCAUGACAAAUUCAGGCAUCCAAAUGGAGUUGCCACUGAUUUGGCUAGACAAGGCUAAUGGCGUGGCGCUUGCCAUUCUCAAUUGCGGCACGCAUUGGAAUUCUGCCAACGGUUCAUAUGUAUCUCUUCCUCUGGUCUUCUCCGUUGAAGCCCAAGGGGCUGUUGGCCUGGAGUCUUUUUCGAUCGCAUCAAGAGCCCAUGGAAUUCUUCCUUUCCUGGUGCCCCAUGCGAUAGACCAAUUUGCCGAGAGGACGACUUUGUUUUUGACAGAAAGCAUCGCUGCGUACUCAUGGAAUUACCAGCCUCGCCCGAAAGGGAGAAGCUCUGAUAUAUUCCUCCACGUCGCCCCCCUAGUAUCCCUCGGCUUCUAUUUGACGGACUUCUGCCCGCCUCAUCUUUUCACAGAUGAGAUCGAAGACAUGAUCUACAAUUCGGUCCUUCUCAUGAGAACCGAUAGGUGCCCUGGCCUGUUAAGGUUCGAGCGACCAGAUGGUGUUAGCAUUCUGCUACUAGUAUAUACGCAAGUAUACUCGUAUUCCCUCAAUGAUCCGGAUGCGCUUGAAGUUGUCGGCUCUUUCCGCAAGAUCCUCCCGGUUUUCAUGGGGUACAUCCUUCCAAUACCAUGUCCACGAACCAGGGAGACUCAAGAAAGGUUCGGCCACUCUUGA